AGGAGACUAUUUUCGAAAAGUAUUGGUAUUCAUAUGACAUAUUCGAGAAUCGGAGCCCAUUCCAUGUUUAAAUGAAACGCAAUGAAAUGUACGUAAUGCGAACGCGGCUAAACAAGUUGCACGAAAGAUCGGAGCUGAUCGGAGUUGAUCGGUCGUCGUCGGUUCCCCGACGAUCGUCGGCAAAGUUCCGGUUGCACCGAGGCAUCCAGCCCAGCAGCAGCGGUACCAUGAUUUCUAUCUCGCGCCCAGUCUCACCUGACGCACGAUGAAAAUACGGGACGCGGAGUGAGCGGGUGGGGGCACGGCGUUUGCGAUAAAGGCAAGAAGAAAGAAAGAAAGAAAGAAGGAAGGAAGAAGGUGGGAGAAAAAGUCGUCCGUCUCCGCGCGCGAGCCGUCAUGGCUGAAUCAUUGUGAGGGACUCUGGUAGAGAGUAGAGGAAACGGCGCGACGCGCGUGAUUCAUCGAGUGGCGAAGGAGAAGAAAGAGGAAAAAAAGUAGUGUAAUCUGUGCAGUUUCCGAGGCGAGCGCGUGUGUCGAUUCCCGAUCGCUCGAUGCCUCGGCCGACUCGGCUGAACUGGAACAAGUACGACAAGGAGACGUGACGAGUGACGAGUGACGAGUCGAGUCGAGUCGACGGUGCAGACUGGUGCACGAUGAACGGGUUAAGUCUGAGUGAACUGUGUUGCCUGUUUUGCUGUCCGCCCUGCCCGUCGAGAAUCGCCGACAAGCUGGCCUUCCUGCCGCCCGAGCCGACGUACACGUUCGUCGAGGACGAGGGCUCCAAGUUCUCCAUCUCCCUGUCGGAGCGGGCCGAGUGGCAGUACACCGAGCGCGAGAAGGAGUCGGUUGAGGGUUUCUACGCGAGGACGUCCCGCGGCAAUCGCAUAGCAUGCCUCUUCGUCCGUUGCUCCGCGACCGCGCGCUUCACCAUCCUCUUCUCCCACGGCAACGCCGUAGACCUCGGCCAGAUGUCGAGCUUCUAUCUCGGACUGGGCUCGCGCAUCAACUGCAACAUAUUCAGUUACGAUUACUCGGGCUACGGAGUCUCGGCCGGCAAACCGUCCGAGAAGAACCUCUACGCGGACAUUGACGCCGCGUGGCACGCCUUGCGGACCCGCUACGGCAUCAGCCCGGAGAACAUCAUCCUCUACGGCCAGAGCAUCGGCACCGUUCCCACGGUCGACCUCGCCGCGAGAUACGAGGUCGGGGCGGUCGUCCUCCACUCGCCCCUCAUGUCCGGGAUGAGAGUCGCUUUUCCCAAAACCAAGAGGACCUGGUUCUUUGACGCUUUCACCAGCAUAGACAAAGUACCGAAAGUAACAUCACCUGUUUUGGUCAUCCAUGGUACCGAAGACGAAGUUAUAAAUUUUAGUCAUGGUCUGGCAAUUUAUGAGAGAUGUCCACGAGCAGUAGAACCACUAUGGGUUGAGGGUGCUGGCCAUAAUGAUGUAGAAUUAUACAAUCAAUACCUCGAACGACUGAAGCAAUUUGUAAGCGUGGAAUUGGUGAACUGACGGCGACUCAGCCUCUCCCAGAGUCAGGGGGGGCAGGAUGGAGGCCAUAUGCAUGCGAGCAAUCACGGACAUACCGUUUCCAACAACUCCAACACCAUCAGUUCCAUUUCAACAAGUUCCCCGACGGAGAAACUUGUCUAGCAGUCGCCUCACACAGGGGAGAAGACACCUGUCCUUCCCUGUGACGAAGAAUCAUCCUUCGCCUCUGUAGAUGAU